AUGCCAACCCUGGAUGACAUUUUAGAGCAGAUUGGAGAAUUUGACUUCUUUCAGAAACAAACCCUCUUUGUCUUAUGCCUGCUUUCUGCUGCCUUCACUCCUAUUUAUGUGGGGAUUUUCUUCCUGGGAUUCACCCCCGAGCACCGCUGCUUCAGCCCUGGGGUGGCUGAGCUGAGCCAGCGGUGUGGCUGGAGCCUGGAGGAGCAGCUGAAUCACACUGUUCCUGAGUGGGGUGGCCAUGAGGCCAGUUUCAGCAGCCGCUGCAGGAGGUACGAGGUGGACUGGAACACGACGGGCGUCAGCUGCACCGAUCCCCUCCGCAGUCUCGUGGGCAACCGGAGCUCCGUCCCCCUCGGGCCCUGCCGGGAUGGCUGGCUCUACGACUUCCCAGGCACCUCUCUUGUGACUGAGUUUAACCUGGUCUGUGAGGACUCCUGGAAGCUAGACCUCUUCCAGUCCUGUGCAAAUGCUGGGUUUUUUAUUGGUUCCGUGAGCAUUGGCUACAUAGCAGACAGGUUUGGCCGUAAACUCUGUCUCCUGGUCACAGUCCUCGUCAACGCAGUCUCAGGGGUUCUCGUGGCCUUUGCGCCAAGCUACACAUGGGCAGUGAUCUUCCGCCUGAUCCAGGGACUGGUCAGCAAGGGGGGCUGGCUGACAGGCUACGUCCUCAUAGCAGAAUUUGUCGGCUCAAACUACCGGAGGACAACGGGCAUCACUUACCAGCUUGCAUUCACCAUGGGACUCCUUGUCCUCACUGCCCUGGCUUACCUGCUUCCACACUGGAGGUGGCUCCAACUUGCAGUCACGCUGCCCAAUUUCUUCUUCCUGCUCUACUAUUGGUGCCUGCCCGAGUCCCCAAGGUGGCUGAUGGCUCAAAAGAAAAAUGACAAAGCUAUGGAAGUUAUUCAGCACAUCGCCAAGGGAAAUAAGAAGAAGCUACCCCUCUCUUUCCAGAAUCUCCAUGCUGAAGAUGAAGAUGGAGAAAAGCCAAAACCUUCAUUUCUAGACCUGGUCAGGACACCUCAGAUCAGAAAACACACAUUCAUUUUGAUGUACAGUUGGUUCACGAGCUCUGUCCUCUAUCAGGGGCUCAUCAUGCACAUGGGAAUAGCCGCUGGGAACAUGUAUCUGGAUUUCCUCUAUUCUGCUCUCGUCGAGUUCCCAGCCGCCUUCAUCCUCAUGCUAACACUGGAUCGCAUUGGCCGUUGCUACCCCUGGGCUGCAGCAAAUGUGAUGACAGGUGGUGCUUGCCUCGUUGCAGCCUUGCUCCCAGACACUCUUUAUUGGCUCAAAAUGCCUGCAGCUUGCCUGGGCAGGAUGGGAAUUACCAUGUGCUACGAAAUCAUUUGCUUGGUAAAUCCUGAGCUGUAUCCAACAUUUCUCAGGAACCUGGGAGUCCUUGUCUGCUCAUCCAUGUGCGACCUUGGUGGGAUCAUAACACCCUUCCUUGUGUACAGACUAGCAGAGCUGUGGCACGAAUUGCCUCUGGUUGUCUUUGCUGUGAUUAGCUUAAUUGAUGGCGGUUUGGUUUUGCUCCUACCUGAGAUGAAGGGAAAAACUCUGCCUGAGACUAUUGAAGAUGCUGAAAAUUUGAACAGGCAAAAGAAAAGCAAAGAAAAAAUGAUUUAUCUCCAUGUUCUGACUUCUGAAGCUGCCCCCAAUUAA